AUGCAGGGGAUGCAGACGCUUGUCGGUGCUCCCCCACCCUCUUUCGAUUACGGCUCAUUCUCCUCGAAUACGAUGCCACCACCAACCUUGCCAAAUUCGAAUUCAGACGUAUUGAGCUAUAUCCAGCGGAUCAUGGAACCAGUCGGGUCUCUCAAAGAUGAAGUCAUUCUAAUCACAGCUCUCCGUGAGGCUGAGCAGAAUGGGUUAAAUCGAAAUUUAGUCUUCAGUGGCUUACAUGGGCACAAUGAUCAUACCGCCAAUUCAUGGAGAGAUUAUUACCUCGACAACAAAUCUCGUAUCGAUAGCGCUGUGUCGAAAUACUCAGAAGCCUCGAUCUCAGCGGGGACGGUGGCCGAGCCCCCUCACAGAAGCCCUUCUCCGAUACAUAUCAAGCCCGAGAAAAAGCGCAAACACCGUUCGGCGUCACCAUCUAGUUCUGCCAUUCCGACCAACUCACGGCGAGCGACGAACAAUAGCCUCAGCGCAUCCGUCGACAAUGUCCACGUCAAGAAAUCACCCAAAUUAUCCCGUCAUCAUAUGAACGCGAGUCCGUCGUCCGGGUGGAGAAUCCCAGAACUCUCUGAGCCACCGCCUUCCCAGGAGCCUAUUCCACCUACAACUGUCAUUAAGACCAGGGGCGGGAACAAAUUCACCGACGACGAUAUGAACUAUUUUUUCCUCUAUAUGACCUACGAAUUAAGGAGUAACCCUCUCUUGAGCAAGGGAGCAUUUUGUGCACAGCUAGCUGAAAAGACCCCUCAUCACAGCGCCAAUUCAUGGCUAUCCAAAUUUUACCAACUACCCGCUGCUGAUGCUUAUUGGGACAAGCUCGUGUGCGGUGCCACACAUGAAGACAGAAUGUCGGAAGACGACACAGAAGCACCCAUGGACUCAGAUUCUAGUGAGUAUGACGACGAUGACGAGUCCGAAUAUUCGGCAGAGCAGGGAAGGGACGUCUCCGGAGAUGAAGAAUUGGCAGAUGGUCGGAUUUCGCGGCAGCAUCGUCGUCUUGGGCCCAUGACAGACGACGAGAUGCAACUAUUGGCAAGAUGGAUCGCGGAUCAUGCUGAUUGGUCUUCGCAAACUGGCAGGGAGCGUUGGGUGUCUUUCAUGGAGCAGAAUCCGUCUGGCCGCUCAAGUCGAGGAUGGGGAAAAAUCUAUUCCCUGCACAAACGGCAAAUAUUGAACCAAGCCGAAAAACUCAAGAAACCUAGCGCCCGAGUUGCCACAGGUCACACCGAGUCAUGA